CACGUAGUGGUGAAACGGUGCAAGUAAAUGUUACUUUCUUUGUUGUAUAUUAGAGUGCUCCUUGUUUCUCUAAAAAUGUAUGCUAUUGUAUUCAGAUCAGAAAAUGAUAAAAUUAAUAACUAUGUGAAAAUCUUAAUUAGUUAAACUAGUGACCUCCGAAACAUGGAUCACAGGAAAGAAUCAACUAUAAAAUUUAUUCUACAUGUACUUCGUGUGUGAGUCUACAUUUGAUAGAAGAGGUACAUAUGGCGCAAGCGUGCGUUGUAGUUGUUCCUUGUCCCUCAAAACUAACUGUCAUAUUACAAUACUCGACAAACAUUUAUAUUGAUAUUACUUAAUUCUAAGUCUUAUAUUUAAAUUAUAAAAUGAUAUUUUGAACUGUAUUAAAUAUAACAACGAAACUAAUAAAUGAAGUAAUAUGAAGGAAAAACAUAGCGCACCUGUUUGAAUGCAGUACCGAUUGAAAGUUGAAACGAAGGUUAGGAUGAGAAGUAUUGUUAAUAUUUUGAAGAUCUUUGUCGCCUUUUGUUAUGACUAUGCACGAGGAUUGUCGUACACUAUCAUUACGAUUUUGAUUUUGGGUUAUUGCUUACAUCCGGCAAGAUUUCCGUCACAUUACACUUAUAUAAAAACGGAAGAUAUUUACGAUGAAAUGGAAAGAUCUUAUCCAGCGAGAGAUAAUUCGUGUAUGAUUACAAUCAAUCCCCGAAGAUCUUCUCAGUUACUUUAUCCUGAGGAACAUCCUCGAGAACAUCCUGUGGCAAUGGCACGGCGUCUGGGUAUAUUACCUGGGGGGCAAUGGAAACCAUUAAAUUGUCAUCCUCUUUUCAACGUGGCCAUUAUUUUACCGUAUAGAAAUCGUCAAACUCAGCUCACUAUUUUUAUGAAUUAUAUUCAUCCUUUUCUGCAAGCUCAAAACCUUGAUUACAGAAUAUUUGUCAUAGAACAAAGUCCAGUGCGUGAGUUUAAUCGUGCUAAACUUUUCAAUGUUGGAUAUGCAGAAGCAACUAAAAUGAAUGAUUUUCACUGCUUCAUUUUUCAAGAUAUAGAUUUAAUACCCCAGAAUCCUGACAACAUUUAUGCCUGUACUAAAAUGCCUAGACAUAUGAGUUCAAGUGUAAAUACAUUCCGUUACAACUUGCCAUAUAGUGGUUUGUUUGGUGGAGCAAUUGCAUUAACUCGUAAACAAUUUGAAAGAGUUAAUGGGUUCUCUAAUGUUUUCUAUGGAUGGGGUGGAGAAGAUGAUGAUUUUUAUAGUCGUUUACAAUCAAAAGGUCUUCAAGUUACACGUUUUGGACCUGACAUUGCUCAGUAUUACAUGUUAAUACACAACAAAGAACCUCCAAGCAGUGCUCGAUUUGAAAAUCUUGAGAAUAGUGCUAAAAGGUAUGAUACUGAUGGAAUUAGUAAUUUAGAAUACAGAGUUUUAAAUCAUCAAUUAAGGCCACUAUAUUCUUGGAUUUUAGCAGAUGUUUAGUUCCAAUUUUUUUUUACUUUCUGUUCACUGCACUUUAAUUUAUUAAUCAUAUAAUAUAUUUUUACCUUGAAGAACUGAAAUUAAUUUUGGUAAUAAUUUAGUUAGUAAUUGGUAAUUCAUAAAGUUAUUUUAAUUAUGCAUAAUUUUAUUUAAAGUAAUUUUAACUAUUUAAUUUUUUUAAGUUACAUAUAUCAUUUUAAUGUUAUCAUAAUAUUUUGUUCAUAUAAUUCUGUACAAAUCGAAGAAUAUAGUUCUUUUGAUAUUCUGUUGUGUCAAACCAAAUAUAAUAAUAUAAUUAGACAAAACCAGUGCAAUUUUGAGAAACAAAAAACGAUAAUAUCGUGUAAUAUGAUAUUAAAAUUCUGGUAGAUUUAAAACUUUUAUUAAUAAUUUAUUUUCUAAAUAUUAUAUAAUAUAUUUAAAAAACCAAUAUAAAUAUAUUUUUUAAUUAUGUUCCUGUUUGAAGUAAUGUCACUUUAGAGUUUGCUAUUUUAAGCAAACACAGAUUUAAUAGUACAAAAAUCGUUUAUAUAAACAUUAUGAUUUGUUCCUUUAGUAAUACUUACGUGUCAAAAUAUUAGUGUAAUUGUGUAAAUCUUUUUUUAAUAUAUUAUGAUUUAAUUGAAUAA